AUGAGUCUCGAAGCCGAGAACCUCAUCGAGGCGCAGAGCGAACUGCUCUGCCGCAUGUCCCGCACAGUGGAAAAUCUAAAAAAAACGGGCGCAGCCAGAACGACUCAAGGCGCAGUGGAGUCGUUGCAGGCGCUCGACGCCAAUUGGGAAAGAUUCCAGAAAAAUCACGAGGCGCUGCGUACCGGCUUCAAGAAAGCACUCGCAGAGCACGAGUACUUUAAAAUGAACCUGUUGUCGGUGGCCGAGGACACGGUGAUAGAGCAGCGCGGCAUCCUCAUGGACACUCUGCGCGUGCUGCGAGACCAGAGCAGAGACCGAGCCGAGCAAGCUGCCACGCCGGCACAGCCGGCGGAGGACCCGUCAAAGAGGAAGCUGCCGACAAUAGACCUUCCCUUUUUUUCGGGAAACAUCCAGGACUGGCCCGCAUUCCGAGAUCUGUUUCUUUCGAUUCUGGAGCGGCAUCCUAACCUCGCGAGCGUGGAGCGUCUCCAUUAUCUGAAAACCAGAGUGCAGGAUGAGGCGGAGGAACGUAUCCGGAACCUACCCACGACCGCCAAGAACUUCCAGAGAGCUUGGGCCAUACUGGAAGAAAGGUACGAAAACAAGCGCGUCCUUGUCAAGUCCUGCCUCGCCACAUUCUGCGCCAAUCCACGCUUGAAGGGAGAAUCCGUCGCGGACCUGAAGAAGCUAGUGCACUCCAUGAUCCGGACCUCCGGCGCGCUGGAAACCAUCGGGCGAAAGGCCGCGUAUGACAAUGACUUCUUUGUGCAUUACGUCACCGAGAUGCUGGACCAGAAGACGCGGCGCGAAUGGGAGGACGCGAUUGACGACUCAAAGGAACCGCCGACCUACGAACAAUUGCGGGCGUUCCUUGAUCGCCGACUGCGAACGCUGGAGGCAUUUCACCCCAUGAAGACGGAAGCGGCCGCGACGGCACCAUCCAGAGCGUCAAAUGCGGGGCCUAGGGCUGCUUGUUCGAAUCUGGCCCAGAAGCAACAGAAAAAGCCGCGGUGUCCGGUGUGCCGGACGGAUCACUAUGUACUGCACUGCAGCAAAACUUUCAGAAAAAGGCGCCUGCCGAGAAGAAGGCGAUAG